AUGGGGGCGAGCGGCGGCGGCGGCGGCGGCGGCAGAAGCGGCGGCUGGCUUCGCCCUCCUCCUCAGUUCGCCCCCCAAGCCCGUCCUUCCCUCGGUGGGGGGCACGCGGCUGCACACUUCCUCCCUCGCUCCUUCCUCGCCAGGAGCCGGCCGCCCCUUUCUGAAAACACCGGCAAAAGCUCCCUUCUUCGGCCGCCCCUUCUCCGGCCGGUCCGGGUGCUGAGGAGAGACGGGCGGGCAGCUGCGGCGCUCGCCUUCCUGCUGCUUCGCACGCUGCCUCUCACCUCAGCUCGCAGGGAGACUGCUCCGCUACACCAGCCGCUUUCCCAGCUCUAG